AUGGCCCAUCUCCAAGCAUCAAAGCUAUUCUCAGUCAAGGACCGGGUGGUCGUGAUCACCGGCGGCGGAAGUGGCCUCGGACGUAUCAUGACCAAAGCCUUGGAUGCCAACGAAGUCUCCAAGAUCUUCAUCCUAGGCCGACGCGAGGACGCACUAAAAGAAACCGCCUCGCUGGCCAUAAACGGCACUGUCAUCCCGAUCCAAUGCGACAUCACCUCGAAAGAAUCUCUUGAGGCAGCUUACAAAACCGUCGCAGCCCAAACAACACAUGUCGACCUCCUAAUCGCUAACAGCGGCAUAAUGGGUCCGCUCAUGAAGCCCCCGCAACCCGCAGAAGACGGGUCCCUCCCGCCUCUCUCGCAAGUCCGCGACGAACUCUUCAAUGUCCCCAUGGAGGAGUUUAACAACGUGUUGAAUGUGAAUGUUACCGGGUCGUAUUACACGGUUCUGGCGUUCUUGCCUCUGCUCGAAGCGGCGAAUAAGAGACGUCCUGCGCCGCAGCAGGAUGUUAUUGCUGCCCCAACUGCGCAGGUUGUUAUCACUAGCUCGAUUGCCGGUUUCCUUCGCAAGGUGCCGUUUAGCUUUGCGUAUAACACUUCCAAGGCCGCUACGACGCAUCUGAUCAAGUUGCUGUCUACAUCGUUUGCUUACUAUGGUAUUCGGGUUAAUGGCAUCACGCCUGGCCUUUACUACUCCGAUAUGGCCAGUCAUAUCUUCCAGGCCUCCGGCAUUGAGGGUCGGGCUAUUUCUGAUGGCUCGUUCCCGAAGGAGAUAAUUCCUGCUACUCGUGGUGGUGGUGAGGAGGAUAUCGCGGGUUUGAUUCUCUGGUUGGCUAGUGACUCGGGUGGUUAUAUCAAUGGUUCCAUCUUGGUUACUGAUGGUGGUCGGAUUUCUGUUUCGCCGGCUGUCUACUGA